GUGUUAGGUUUGAAGUAGGGAUGUGUUGAGAUAUCCCACAUGCACUGGCGUGGAACCAGGGCAGGGUGUGGGUAUAAAGAGCGAGGGUUCAGUCGGGAGAUAUUAUAGAGCCGUGUGGUCAGCGCAAAGCGAACUAUUCUUUCGCCUUUUACUAAAGAAUACCGUGUGCUGGCCACAUUAAAGCGGCAUAUCAAAAUUUUUGGGCCGCCUCUGCAAAGGGGCACCAACAAAUCUAAAUCACUAAGAAGGAAAGCCAGUUCUUGGGAGAUAGUUCUUGUUCUUAAGAUCUGUUUCUUUGGAUCUUACUUUGAUGGUUUGUCUUGCAGCCUGAUGCCGAUACCAUUGCGGAGAACAACAGGGCUCCGUGGGAGCGAGAAGAGAGCCCCUACUUCUCCAAAGUGGUCAGUGGAUCAAUCGAAACCCAAUCUAAACAAAAAAUCAAGACCAACGGUGAUGACCCUUUAUCGUGUAGUUUAUGAGCUCUGCGACGCCCCCGCCGUCUUACCUCCACACUGCGCGUUGGAGGUGAUCAAAGGAAGAAGAAAUCGAAGCUCGGCAUUGUACGGAUAUAAACAUUCCGUACAGUUGCCGCUAAGCUGGCAUUAUUUACCUAGCUUUCUUCGUGCGUGCGCUGGGACAAGUAAAUAGCCGAGGUGAUCCAGAAGCAGCGGUAGAAGACCAAUGACGAUAAAUGGAAUAGAUCGCGAGAAUUUGAUUUCCCUGUUGAUCAAUGCCAGGGUUUUUGGCGAUGCAAUGCUGCGCGUCCCGGGGGUGAGUCUCGUCCCCAUCGCCACGAUCCAGGGUGGAAAGUCGAGGCACAAAACGCGAGAUUUCGCUGCGCGAUCCUCCUGUCUGGGAAAUGAGAAUGGUGGUUCCGCUUCCUCAGGGGGUGGACGCGACGGAGUGACGAGGGUGAAGUUCGUGCUACAGAGACAAUGCAUGUUUGGCGAGCAUUUCAAAGUGAUUGGCGGCCAUCCAGCGCUGGGCGAGUGGGAUCCCAGGGCAGCGAUACCUCUAGAGUGGUCUGAUGGUCACAAUUGGACGACAGAACUAGACGUGCCACAGGGGAGCGUCUUCGAGUAUAAGUUCGUAUUGCAAUGUCAGAAUGGAUGGAUUCACUGGCAGCCCGGCCCCAACCGCGUCUUCUCGACGCCGGAAAAGAAGCCGUCGCUGGUUGUCUCCCAGACUUGGGAUUUUGAUGCCAAGGGUAUGGAAGACGGCGACGCCACUGAAGCUCGAGAGGAAAGUUUAUCAGGUGCUGAAGCAGCUCGUGGAAAGAACAUGCUGGAAACUGAAGCUCCACAGGAAACCAUGCCAGAUACAAGAGCUCGAGAGGAAAGUUUAUCAGGUGCUGAAGAAGCUCGUGAAAAGAGCAUGCUAGAAACUGAAGCUCCACAGGAAACCAUGCCAGAUACAGAAGCUCGAGAGGAAGGCACGGCCUUGGCUAGCGAGGGUGGAGAUCAAGCAGCCAUUUCUUCCCUGGAAUCAAGACAGCUUGGUGAGCAAGCAGGAUCAGACAGUGAACAAGAAGAACAAGAAGAACAAGAACAAGCUUUUGAGGCCUUGACGCAGUGCAUCGAACUCCCUGGUGGUCGUCCUGAUACUCUUCCCAAUUUCGACAGCGCGAAAGUAUGUUGCUUCUUUCUUUUCCUUUGCUUUUGGUGGCAUGAGCUUUGCAUUCCAGGAGAGGAAUGUGAUCGAGCUGCAAGUUUCAGAGGUUCGUGUGGAGCCUCAGCUCCAGCCUACAAAACUCACCGUGUGGCAGAGGGAUCGUGCCUGGUUUUCAAAAGUGCUUUCAUUCGUUUUUAAAAGAUGACAAGGUCUCGUGGUUUACUUCUGUGUUUGCGAGAUCGUUAUUCGCAUGAAGUCGAUGAGCGCACAGAGGCGGCCAAAGAAUUUAGUGUCGAAUGCCGCAUAGGAGUGUAAUACAUGUUUGCAGCAAAUACGCCGAGAGAUUUAAAUAUCUAUAAUAAUGAUUUUUUUAA